CUCAAAGUUUUAUUUUCGGUUUCUUACACUUUCUGAAACCCUAGAAGAGCUCUCUCGUUCCGUCAUCUACUAGCAGUCAUGGUGAACGUUCCCAAGACAAAGAACACAUACUGCAAGAACAAGGAAUGCAGGAAGCACACCCUGCACAAGGUUACCCAAUACAAGAAGGGUAAGGACAGUCUUGCUGCACAAGGAAAGCGUCGUUAUGACCGUAAACAAUCAGGAUACGGAGGACAGACAAAACCCGUCUUUCACAAGAAGGCCAAGACUACCAAGAAGAUUGUGUUGAGGCUUCAAUGCCAAAGCUGCAAGCAUAUGUCUCAGCAUGCUAUCAAGAGAUGCAAGCAUUUUGAAAUCGGUGGAGACAAGAAGGGAAAGGGAACAUCUCUCUUUUAGGCUGCUGUUGCUUAUUUCUAGGACUUCAUCUUGCAUAUCUAGUGUUUUGUUGUUGCUCAACCUUAUUUGAUUCAACUUUGAGUUUGAAAUUACCUCUACUCUAGUUUAUAAAUUUUUGAGCAUUGUCUUUUACUAGUACAUUGGAUGCAAGUUAUUAGACUCAAUUGGUAUGCCUCUCGCUCCUAUUCUAUUCUUGUGUCCUGGUGCUUAAUAUUGAGGUUAUUAUAUUCA